UUCCUCUAUCUCCACCCAACCAUCCUUCCUCCAGGCAAUCAAAACGCAGCGUUUCGGAAUCGGAUAAAUGGAUCAUGACAUGCCCGGCAUGACGAUGUCACCUCCGUUGGCCAGCAGUGGCGAUGGUGGAGGUCAUACCAUGAUGGGGUCAUCCAUGGCGCACAUGACCUUCUUUUGGGGGAAAAACUCCGAGAUCCUGUUCUCGGGGUGGCCCGGGACCCGCACGGGGAUGUACGUGCUGGCCCUCAUUUUUGUGUUUGCUCUUGCAUUUAUCGUUGAGUUGCUUUCUAGUUACCUGCAGAGGGCCAAGAAAGUAAACGCCCUGGUCCGGACCCUUGUCCAUGGUCUGAGGAUCGGGUUGGCUUACCUUGUCAUGUUAGCGUUGAUGUCAUUUAACGCCGGAGUUUUCAUAGUGGCCGUCGUGGGACAUAGUGUAGGGUUUCUGGUGUUUGGGAGUAGGGUUUUCAAGAGAUUUUGUGGUGACUCAGACAAGGCUGGUUAUGACAAUCGGGUUGGUUGCUGACGUGGCCAUCUACUAAUAUUGUGUGUGAUAUUAAGAAUGUGUACCGUAAUUUACUCUGAUUGAUUUCAAUUCCUAUUGGUUGAUAUGAUAAUGUUGGAAUUAUUUA